CUGAGCCCGUCAUCUCCUCCUCCUCCACCUCCUCCUCCUCUUCCUCAUGUACAUUAUUACAACAAGGGAGACCCAAUCAAGCACGCAUCGCAUCGAUUCACGCACACAUAGACACGCGCUCACACUCACGCGCGCGCGCGCGCGCAGCUACACUACCACGCGCACGCGCACACACACACGCGCGAAUACGCAUACAUACCGACUGAGUGACUUGCCCUCAGUGGAUUUUUCAAAGAGCUUUCGGACAAAAUAACGUGAAGCCGUGCCAGGCAAGGGGCAGCGUGUGGGCGACCGGUCCCAGUCCGUCACCUCCUCCUUUUCCUCCUCCUCCUCCUUUCUCCGCCGCUAUAUCGGUCCUGAGAAUUGACAAACUGAAAAAAAAAAAGCUUCUUCGUCUUCAUCUUCUUCUUUUUUUUCUUUUCUUCUCCUCACACACCGUCGGGACUUGCCACGGGCGAAUGGAUUUUUUUAUUAGAUGCUUUCAUGCACGUUUUCAGCUGGUCCAUCUCUUGGCUUUGAAUUGUGCGUGAUUGCCGGGACAGAGGAGGAAGAAGAAAAAAAAAAACCCCACCAGCGACAACCUCAUGGAUAGCGCGGCGGGGGAUCAGCCCGUAAACUUGCCUGUUGCAGCGCCCGACGCCACACGGAGGAUCGCACGGAGGCGUACGGAGCGUUUUUAAAUCUCCCGUCUGUUUGUUUGUUGUUUUUUUUUUCUUCUUCUUCUCCUUCCUACCGCGGAACCCCUCUCUGUUCCUGCCCGCGCCGCGUCCAUCCAGGUCGGAGCGGGCGAGAGAGCGACCGAGUCACCGACGGAGCGAGCAGCCAGCCGGGGGGAGUCACGCUGGUUUCCCUCCCUCCCCUCCUCCCUCCCCUCUCUUAUUUUUUUUUUCCUCGACUUGUCCUCGCAUCUUACAGCGCUGGCUCCUUAGAUUUAUUUCUUGAGUUCCAAAAAAAAACAAAACUGCACAUUGCCCGCCUCCCGCCUACGAGCACCCUUCCCCGAUCUAUGUGGGAGCCCUGAGAGCGCACCCAGGGGGGGCGAAACUGUGCGUCUGAGCUCCGCGGAUUCCCCAGGCAGCCCCGGAUCCCCGGGGCCAGAGGACUCACUGCCGGGCCCCCGGAGCCGACAAUGCCGCGGAGGAAGCAGCAAGCGCCGCGGCGCGCAGCAGCAUAUGUUCCUGAAGAUGAGAAGGACGCAGCCCUGUUGGAUGAGGACCUGGAGGGAGAUGACUCAGCUCAGGAAGGGGAGGAACCUGCCGCCAAGUUCCUCUGUCAGGACAAGGACUUCCUUCUCAAGGACAGACCAGGAUCCACUGGCUUCCAUGACUCCCCAAAUCCUGCUGACUUUUCUGGUCAGGAGCUGGACAGUGAGUCUCACGUUAGCGAAUCCAGUGACAGAAUGUCUGAUUUUGAGAACUCCUCACUUAAAAAUGAGGAUGAUGUCCUCCUAUCUAAAGACCCAAAUACCCUGUCUCUGUCUUCCACCUCUGCCAUGAUGGCUGCUGCCAAUGCCACUAUCCCAGUAAGUGGAGAUGAGGCCAUUUUAGCUACAACAGGCUCUGUGGCUGACAGCCUAGAAAAGAUGAAGGCCAUUUAUACCUCCUUCCUGACCAACUCGUAUUGGUCUACACUGAAUUUGAACCUGAGCCAGCCCCCUGCAGAAAAACCCCCACGCAGUCACAGCAGCAGCAGUAGUAGCAGCAGUAGUAGUAGUUGUGGAAGUGGAGGCUAUGACUGGCACCAGACAGCUAUGGCUAAAACCCUCCAGCAGGCCUCACAGAACCACCACAACAGACUGGGCCUGAUUCAACACCCAACAGUGGCUGUAUCCACAGCAUCUACAGAACCCCACCUAUUCAGCACUGUCCAGCUGUACCGACAGAGCUCCAAGCUCUAUGGCUCUAUAUUCACUGGUGCCAGCAAGUUCCGCUGUAAGGACUGCAGUGCAGCCUACGACACAUUGGUGGAGCUCACGGUGCACAUGAAUGAGACAGGCCACUACCGUGAUGAUAACCAUGAGACAGAUAGUGAGGGUACUAAACGGUGGUCAAAACCUAGAAAGCGUUCCUUGCUAGAGAUGGAAGGGAAGGAGGAUGCACAAAAAGUCCUGAAGUGCAUGUACUGCGGGCACUCCUUUGAAUCUCUUCAGGACCUAAGUGUCCACAUGAUCAAGACAAAACAUUACCAGAAAGUGCCUCUGAAAGAGCCUGUUACACCAGUGGCAGCAAAGAUUAUCUCCACGGCUCGAAAGAGAGCCCCUAUUGAGCCAGACACACCUAGCUCACCUGACUCUAAUGGAGGGACCACACCUAAGCCCACUCCCCUCAAUGACUCGAAUGACAUACUCCAGAGGGUUACCAACCCUUAUAUCACACCUAACAACCGCUAUGGACACCAGAAUGGUGCAAGCUAUGCCUGGCAGUUUGAAUCCAGGAAGUCACAGAUCCUCAAAUGCAUGGAGUGUGGCAGCUCCCACGACACACUUCAAGAACUAACUGCCCAUAUGAUGGUGACCGGACACUUUAUUAAAGUCACCAACUCUGCUAUUAAGAAAGGCAAACCCAUCAUAGAGUCAUCCACCUCCACCCCCAUACCCAAUCCAACAGGUGAAGAAAAGGUCCAGUCCGUUCCUCUGGCUGCCACAGCAUUCUCUCCUCCACCUGCCCCAGUUCCCCCUCCAACCAGCAUCUCCCCCACUGCCAUGGUUGUGGAGAUAAAAAAGGAGGAAAAGGAGGAGGAAUGCACUAAAGAGUCCAUCAUCAACAAUGGUAACAUUUUCAACAAGGAGAAGAAGGCAGGAGUUGAGGAUGAGGCUGAGGAGAAGUUUGACAUAUCUUCAAAAUACUCUUAUUUGACUGAAGAGGAUCUGGAAGAAAGUCCAAAAGGUGGUCUUGAUAUCCUCAAAUCUUUGGAGAACACAGUGAAAUCAGCCAUCAACAAAGCCCAGAAUGGCGCUCCAAGUUGGGGUGGAUAUCCCAGUAUCCAUGCUGCCUAUCAGCUUCCAAACAUAAUGAAGCUCUCUUUAGGCAAUUCUGGGAAGAGCUCUCCCUUUAAGUACAUGUUCCCUGGAGGGGAGAUCCUCUCCCCAACUAGUAAGAACCAUCCUUUGAUCUCCCCUCCCAGCCGCCAGACCUCUCCUUUGCCCAAAAACAACUUCCAUGCUAUGGAGGAACUGGUCAAGAAAGUGACGGAGAAAGUUGCCAAGGUAGAAGAGAAAAUGAAAGAGCCCAGUGGUGUUGUGAGGCGUUCUCCUUUGAGACGUACCACGCCCUCACCUUGCAACAGUGAGACCGGGGACUCAGCCCCUGGAGAGUCCCCUAAAGGGAAUAGAGCAGAAGGCUGUAAAACUCCUGAGAAUACAAGUGGGGGGGAAAAGGUACUAGGAAAUGGAAAUGGAGCCAAACACGGAGAAUCAAAUGAAGAUAUUUCAAUAAAAGAGUCAAUGGAAAAUGGAGUGGAGUCAGCUACUGUGACAUCACCCCUGCCUGCCUCCUUGACUGGCAGUACAGCUAUUAUUACAGACCAUCCACCUCCAGAACAGCCAUUUAUCAACCCCCUCAGUGCACUUCAGUCGGUAAUGAACGUUCACCUGGGGAAAGCCGCUAAACCUGCCCUGCCCUCCCUUGACCCCAUGAGCAUGCUGUUCAAGAUGAGCAACAGUCUGGCAGAGAAAGCAGCAGUGGCUGCUUCCACCCCGCCAGCACAGACCAAAAAGCCCAGUAAUGACCACUUAGACCGCUACUUCUACCAGCAACAUCUAAACAACGACCAACCCAUAGAUCUCACCAAAGGCAAAAAUGCUGACAAAAACAGCAAUAGUGGUUCCCUGGGUUCAACAGCUCUCUCCUCCACUGCUUCCACCCCAUCCUCAAUUCCUCCCCCCUCCACUGUCACUAUGACCAAAGCUUCAGCCGCAGUAGCUUCCUUCAUGUCCAACUCACCAUUGAGAGAAAAUGCCCUGUCAGACAUCUCUGACAUGCUGAGGAACCUGACAGAAAGUCAGGCUAUCUCCAAGUCCUCCACACCUACCAGCCAGUCUGAGCGCUCCGACAUUGAAGGUGUUACACAGGAGGAAACAGAAGAUGUUUCACCAGCCCAGAAACGUAAAGGCCGCCAGUCUAACUGGAACCCUCAACACCUUCUCAUCCUACAAGCCCAGUUUGCCUCCAGUCUGAGACAAACAAGUGAUGGCAAGUACAUAAUGUCGGACCUGAGCCCACAGGAGAGAAUGCACAUCUCCCGUUUCACUGGACUCUCAAUGACUACAAUAUCCCAUUGGUUGGCCAAUGUCAAGUACCAGCUAAGGAGGACCGGCGGGACUAAGUUCUUGAAAAACUUGGAUUCAGGUCAUCCAGUUUUCUUCUGCAGUGACUGUGCCUCCCAGAUCCGCUCACCAUCCACCUAUGUCAGCCACUUGGAAUCCCAUUUGGGCUUCCGUCUGCGAGACCUGGCCAAGCUUUCUGGGGAGCAGCUGCUUAGCCAGAUAUCCCAGCAACACCAUCAACAACGCCACACCAAAGGACUAUCUGAAAAACUGCUCUCUAAUUUUCACUCAUCCAGCCACCCUUUAGCCUCCUCACUACCCACAUCCAUACACUCCUCCUUACCCAUCUCCCUAACCUCUUCCUUAACCACCUCUCUGCCCACGACUGAAUCCCCAUCCCCCUCCCUCGAUGAUGACGACAGUGGGGCCAUGUACCAGUGCAAGCUCUGCAACCGGACUUUUGCAAGCAAGCAUGCAGUCAAGCUGCAUCUGAGCAAGACUCAUGGGAAGUCCCCCGAGGACCAUCUCAUGUAUGUUUGUGAGCUGGAGAAACAUUAGCACUGGCUGAGGACGAAUCUGCACUCUUUCAUAAUGGCUCACUGUUUCUUGCUCUGUCUCUCUUUAUCCUUUCAUAGACAUGUCUUUUAAAGAGAAGAAAGGAUUAUUAAUGUGACGGAACUGCACAAAGAUGCCAUACAACUACUGCUUUGAGUUUUGGCACAUUUUGAGUUGUAGCAUUUUUUUUUUGUUUGUUUGUUUGUUUCAAUAUGAGGUAGACUCACUCUGGCCCAGUUCACUCGAUCCCAUGAUCUGAGAGUGUGAUUUCCCUGAUAGGAAUGGAUUUUUUUUUUUCAUAUUGUGCAGAUGGGGGCUGUGGUCAUUGAGAAGAAACAGUAAAUGAAGGUUAAAAAAAGAUUCUAAAAUGAAGUUCUAUGUAUUUUGUGUACAUGAAAAGUAAGUUCCUUUAUAUUUUGGCAUCACUGGGGUGUGAUAAGCUGCAUGCAUAAAUGAAACGGUUUAGUUGAACAUUUUAUAACUAAAUCUGGUGCACUUUCCAUGAUUGUUUUUAUUUUCCCGUGUUCACUCUUCGGCUCGCCCUUUAUAUUUUCCUUUUUUUUUGAUAACAUUUUCGUGCUGAAGUCAGAAUUUAAAAUUUAACCCUCUGAGUACGUCAAAGCACUUCAACACCUAAGAUCCAAACACUAUAGACUGAAGAUUUGAGAUUGGGAAUUACUGAAGCUAUUGUGAGAAUUUGAUCGAUGUGUGCAUGUGUCUGCAAUGCCUGUUUCCCAAACAUACAGUAUGUUGAGUCUAAUGCUACACGUGAAAACAAAAUGAUUCUGUACUCAGUGCAAAGUUUUCACCUUGGGCUUAAUACUUGUCUGGGAAGAUUUUCACAGGACUUGGCACAAGCAUUGUCGCAAUGUGGUAAAAAAAAAAGAGAGAGAAAAAAGGAAAUCUUAAGUCUUUAACUUUGGUCGACCAGGGACCUAUAUUAAUUCAGGUCUGUGUAAAAUAUGUAUAUAAAAACAUAAUAAAUAAUUCCUGUCUAAAUUAUGCAUCAUUUCUAUAUUUUUAAUUUAAAAGGAUUAUGACUAUCUGCUGGUGCACAGUAUAUGAAGACAUAAAUACAAUUGUUUUGCACAAUAGUUUUAUAAAUGUGUUAUUUAAUCCAAGGAUACGAAAAAAUGGAGGUAACAAAGGGAUGACAACAGGUGAAUCUUUUUAUUCCUGACUCGUGCUCAAAGGGUUAAAGACUCUUUUUACCAGACACUACUCUACAUGUGCCGCUGUAUGAACACUAAAAAGAUAUUAAAGGUUGUACAAAAAGAUGUUACUUUAUGAAGAUAUUUCACAUGUAAACUGUUAUUUAUAAGCACUCUUGGUUGUUUCAUAUCGUUGAAUGCCUCUUUGAUUUAGAUUUUUUGUUUUGUUUUUUGUUCUGUCUAAUUGCUCUGCCAUGAUUCCACACUGCAGCUUUAUCUUUUUGGGAUAUGAAAGGUAACCAUGGUUACACCAACCCCUUGAGUGACAAGUUCUGCUACAUUUUUGGCAGUUAAUUUGCUGAAGUAACUGACAGCUGCCAGUGUAGAGAAAUAUAUAAAAAAAAUCCUUAUGUGUAAAAUAUCAGCAUGUAAACAGCACAGAUACUGUUAUGCAUUCUGUGCUGUUAGUCUUUUUCAUUUUGUUCUUUUGUUUUCUGUUGUUGUUGUUCUUGACAAUGAACCCCCAUUAUAUGACUUCAUAUAACCUUGUUUUCUACUGCAGCAUUAAAAAAAGGAAACUGUUUUUUGCAA